AUGCCGAGAGCCGCCUUGAUCUGGCUCUCGGCAAAUCACGGUUCACUUGACCUGCCCAACCACACCCGCCCGCAAACCCCGCACACACACUCACACGCCGCGCCAGCAGCCACCGCCACCCGCCGCGCCGCGACCCGCCGCCCCCUCCCGGCCGCGACCCGCCGCCCUCUGCCUCCGUGCCGGCGGCCUCCACCCAUCUCCCGUCCCGCCACCCACCACCCCCAACUCCGCCCCCACCUCGCCCCCUCCCCGCCGCCACCCUGCCCGCAACCCGCGUCCGGGCCGGCGGCGUCCACCCCGCCGCUCCCCGCUGCCACCCAGCUCGCCCCCUACAGCCCGCCCUCGCCGACCUCCCACCCGCCCCCACCAGCCCCCCACCCGCAGUGCCCAGUGCCCACCGCCAGCCCCCCACCCGAGAGGGAGGAGACAGAAGAGGAAGAGGAAGGGAGGAGCAGGCAGGGGAAGGAGGGAGGAGCAGGAAGAGAGAGGAGGGGCUCCACCGCCGGAGCUGUUCGUCAUCGGCGGCCAUCCGUGUCGUCGUCGGAGCACCGCGUCGGCCAACUCCACCGCCACCAAGGUAAUGGUCAGUAG